UUAUUAUAAUUGAAUUGUACCUAUAUUUAUUAGAUUCGUCCCAGAAUAAUUUGAGACAAACCUCUACUACAACUGUUGGCAACAAUGAAGUGGACGAUUUACUACUUGUAUUAGAGGAAACUAAUAGUCCAAAUAUGUUUGAAGAUAGUGAGCUCAUCAACCAAACAUCACUCAAUGUUGUCACUGUUGAGCAAUUAGAGGUAACACCCAGUACCAGUAGCAAACCACCAAACUGGGAAAAUUGGACUCAAGCUUCAUUACGCCAGCCAGUUUCUGAUGAAUUAGUUACUGGGAAAAGAAAGCCAAUGUCGGGGGGUGUAAAUAUGAACAAAAGACAGAGAAAAUUACAUAAUGAUGUUGAUAGUAAAAAGAAAGAUGUCUAUGACAAGCAGUUACAAUUAAUCGAGGUGGAGAAAGAGAGAGGGUGUAUACGCUUUGAGUGGGAAAAAUUGGAACAUGAACUAAAGGUUGAGGCAUUAAGAUUAGAUAUUGAAAUUAAAAAAAAAAACUCUUUCAAAUUUAAGUUAAGUUAUAAGUUUUUAAUCUUAUGCAUUUUUUUUAAUAGGCACCUAUACCAUAAUUUAUAUAUUUUUCAUAUUCUUAAAAAAUAUUUCUAUUUAUAGAUACUUUUUUCUUAGACUUUAGGCAUCAUGUUAGUAUCAACUAUUAAUUAUGUUACAUUAUGAUAAACGUAUACAGUGAUAAGAAAGAACACGUUGAUUGUGUGUCAUUCUCUGAUCAUCUAUACAUUAUAAUCUAAAACAGAAAAAAGAAUGAUUUAUGUUAACAUAAUCUUAUUAAACGGUGUUCAUAUUAAUUCA